AUGGGAGAGGCAGGUGAGCCUCCCGCUUUGGCUGACGAUGUGCAAUGUCGUUUGGUCGAAGAAAUGGAGGAGGAAGUGGAGGAGGAGGAGGAGGAAGAGGAGGAGGAGGAGGAGGAGGAGGAGGAGGAGGAGGAGGAGGAAACAGGGAUGGGGAGGGAACAAAGUAUGAUGGGUGGUGGGUGGAUGACAGGCCGGCCUUGA